UGUACAGGGGCUCCGGUGGACAUCCCUGUUCCCUGAGCUCCUGCUCCGCAGUUUCCCAGCCAGGACAGGGAACUGGACAAGAGCAAGCGAGCCAACCGCCCUGUAGGCCCAGCCCAGCGGUUACUGAAAAGGCAGUCGGCACAGGAAAGCCCUUCUCCUCUCGCCUUCCUCUGUGCUCCCAGCCCCUCCCACCUGGGGCCUUGAACCUCACAGAGGGACCACCUUACCGCGAGCACCAAUAGCGCUGCAGAAUGGCAGCCGUAUCCCAUCUCGGUUUCCACGGCAACAGUGGUCUUUCCUAUAAUGAGCUGCAUCAUCCGGACUGAUGUAACAGCAGCAUGCAGUGGGUCAAGCCAGGCACCUCCUUGCAUCUCUCCCUACAGAUGUGCUGAAAUCAUCUAGGAAGAAUGGAGUAGACGAGGGAAAUGAACCAGAAGGCGUCCCCAGGACCUAGCCGUUUUUGCCAUGAGUAUCGCAGUGUCUCCAAUGGCCACCGAAGCCGUGUCGCCCAUGAUCACCACUGUCACUCCCACCGUCGAGCCGCGCAAGGCGGCGGAGGAGGAGGAGGAGGAGGGCAGGGGGGGGGAGCUGGCGAAGGAGGCCGGCCCCGCCCAGCGCUACGACAAGCCCCCACCGCUGCACACGGGGGCGGACUGGAAGGUCGUCCUGCACCUGCCCGAAAUCGAGACCUGGCUGCGCUGCACCGCGGACAGGGUGCGCGACCUCACCCACUCCGUCCACCAGGACGCUCACAACAAGCACGUGGACGUCCACCUGGUGCAGCUCAAGGAUAUUUGUGAGGACAUCUCGGACCACGUGGAGCAGAUCCACGCCCUGCUGGAGACCGAGUUCUCCCUGAAGCUCCUCUCCUACUCCGUCAACAUCAUCGUGGACAUCCGCACGGUGCAGCUGCUGUGGCACCAGCUCCGCGUCUCCGUCCUCGUGCUGAAGGAGCGAGUCCUGCAGGGGCUCCAGGACUCCAACGGCAACUACACCCGGCAGACAGACAUCCUGCAGGCCUUCUCCCAGGACCAGACUGAGGCCCGUCUAGAUGCCUUGACUGAAGUGGAUGAUUCAGGACAGCUGACCAUCAAGUGCAGUCAGAAUUACUUAUCACUGGACUGUGGCAUCACUGCCUGUGAGCUGAGCGACUACAGCCCAAGCGAAGACUUGCCAAUCGAGCUGGAAGCCAUGACCUCCAGCCGAACGAAAGCAAAAACCCACGAAACCUGCUUUUACCCCGACCUGGAGAAAGACUUUCCAGAGCUCAUCCAAAGCGUUGGGUUACUGGCGGUAGCUGCUGAACGCCUGUCUUCCAAGCAAGAUGAAUCGCCUGUCUCUGGCCAGGAUACUCCUCUGUCCUCCACCCCACAAACCAGGGAAGAAUCAAAAGCCACUUCAGGGAAGCCUCCCCUCCCACAGGGGAACACAGAGCCCCCUGGGGAGGACCUGGCCUUGGCUGAUAAUGUGGUGAUGUCUCCUAUAAAGCAUCAGGGCGUUCCAAGGAGCCGACAUGCGUCACAUUGUGAAAAUCCCCUUUCCAAGAGGCCUAUCAGGGACUGCUUUAACUAUAAUGAGGUUUCCCCCACUCAGCCAUCCAUGCCCAAAAAAGCCAUGUACCUGGAAGGCAUGUCCAGCGAUGAUACAGAAUCCAUAAUCAAGAGAGCCCCUCCUUCAUCGCUCCAGUUCAAAGGCGAUAUGAGCCGGAGCACACCCUCCCUCCUGGACCCCCCCGACAGGUCAAAGUUCUGGCUGGAGCUCACCUCUGUCUACCCGAGGAGCGCCCCCUCUGCUGUCAGCCAGUCUUACGACUGCUUGAACACCAUGAGCGACAAGAUCCACAAAGGUUUAGCCAACGGAACUCUGUACAAAAGAGUGCAGGGCCAAGCUGCGUCGAACCCGUCUCUUCAGGGAAGCACCUCUGAGGCAGAGCAACCCAGCAGCCUUGCAGAUCAUCCAUCUCCUCCUGAGCAACUGGGAUGUGCACAUGUUGUGGGCUUCCAGGAGAGCUGUAAUGAAAUGAAGAGCUCCCCACUUAACGUGAGCAGCCCAGAAGGGAGUGAUCUCACCCCACCCGACCAUAGAAAAGGACUCAGUGCCACGAUUCCAGAAACAUCUGCCCACUCACCUGAUUCCAAAAGCCUUCCAGUGGCAACAAAAGAGCAUCUGCCCUCCACGUGCAAUGGAACUGAGACGAAGAAGGAGCCGUGGUAUGGGUCUGAUGAGUACUUAGCUCUUCCAUCCCAGCUCAAGAAAACUGAGAUGCUGGCAAUGAAGCUGGAGAACCUGGCUAAGGUUCUGCCUCAGAAACCUAUGGAAGAGACCUUUCAGGAUGUCGAUGACUGGGAGCUGUCGGAAGUGAACUCGGACUGCGAUGGUUACCUCCCUCUUCGGCUCACCAGGGUCUCCGAAAAGCCUUUCCCCGGAGGGAGGCUUUCCCCCACAUCGUCCAGUGACAUAGCUCCCUCCCUGGACGAGAGCAUUGAGUCGGGGCCUCUCAGUGAUCUCCUGUCAGAGGAUGAGGUCAAUGCAGCUGACCUGAGUGUCAAACAGAAGGCGCGAGACCUCUGGCUGGUCAAGGACCCCAGCCAAGCUGAAGAAACCAGCUUGGGCAGAACAGCACUGAUCCAGCAGCUGCUCGAUGACAUCCAGCACCAGGAGAACUAUGAGGAUAUCUGGGAAAAGAUCGAGGGUUUUGUUGGCAAACUGGAUGAGUUCAUUCAGUGGUUGCAUGAAGCUCUAGAAACAACUGAGAACUGGACACCACCCAAGGCUGAGACCACCUGCCUCAAGCUGUACCUGGAAACACACCUGAGCUUCAAGCUGAACGUGGACAGCCACUGUGCCUUGAAGGACACCGUGGUGGAGGAGGGGCGCCAGCUCCUGGAGUUCAUAGUAUCCCACAAAUCAGGUCUCAAAGACAUGCUGCAGAUGAUUGUAAAUCAGUGGCAAGAGCUACAGAGGCAGAUCAGACGUCAGCACAGCUGGAUUUUGCGAGCCUUGGAGAUCAUCAAAGCUGAGAUCCUGGCGAGUGAUGUGUCUCAUGAGGCCGAGAGUGGAGCAGGGAGCCCUGAGGGUGAAGCCCAGCGCUGGCACCACGAGACCCAGCAGGAUGUCCUGGAGCAGCUGUCCCUGAGGGUCCACAGCGAGCGGUUCUCCAGCCGCACCGAGAGAAAGAGGGAGUUCGCAGAGAUGUCAAAGGUCAACAGAAUAGGAAGCAACAGCCUCCUGGACUUUGAAUCGGAGUACCAGGAACUGUGGGACUGGCUGAUGGACAUGGAAUCCAUAGUGAUGGACAGCCACGACCUGAUGAUGUCAGAAGAGCAGCAGCAGCAUCUUUACAAGGGAAACAGUGUAGAGAUGGCCAUGUGGUUCCCCAGGAAGACCCAGCUCCUGAGCAGAGUGGAGUCUCUGAGACGGAGUGCGACGAGCCUGCCUGCAGACUUCGAGGACAGAGUCUCCGCACUGACACAGAAGUGGGACCUUCUUGAGAAGACCCUGGAGGAGAGGACUGGGGGCCAGACCGGAGCCCAGGCUGGGCUGGGCCCCUGCAGCCUGCUGUCCCCCGAGACCAACGGCCUGGUCCGGCAGCUGGAAAGCAGAAUCAAGGAGCUGAGGGGCUGGCUGAGAGACACGGAGCUCCUCAUCUUCAACUCCUGUCUGAGGCAGGAGAAGGCCGAGGCCGAGGCGCCGCACGCGCCCAAGCAGCUGCAGUACUUCAAGUCCCUGUGCGGUGAGAUCCGUCAGCGGAGGAGAGGGGUCUCCUCGGUUUUGCGGCUGUGCCAGAGGCUGCUGGAGGAGCAGGACAGCAGCACUCCUGACACGGAGAGACAGGCCCUGCAGCUGGUCACCGUCAACCUGGAGCGGCGCUGGGAAGCCAUUGUGAUGCAGGCCCUGCAGUGGCAGACCAGGCUGCAGAAGAGACUGGGCACAGAGCAGGUCCCAGGGAACGUAAUCGAGCCUGCUUUCAUGGAUUUGAAUACUUCAGCUGAAGAUUCCUGGGAGUGGGAUGAUACGGACAUUAGCAAUGACUUGAUCAGUGUCAAUAUGGAGCCGCAUGACCUUGAGCAAGUAGAGAGCCAUACAUCAAAGUUAACAGUGAAAUCUCCAGGGAGCAGGGCUGGUGACCCCCAGUUUGAUCAAUACGUCUCACAACAUGACAGUCCUUCUUGUGGCUCUGGGUUCACCCCUCCUUCUUCCAGCCCCCGUGUGUAUCAGGUGUACAGUCUGCAUAACGUGGAACUGUAUGAAAGACCACAUCUUCCUUUCCUCGGAAAGUCUCCUCAGGAUUCAAGCCAGAAGCAACCAAAUACUUUAAUGAAAAGCCUCAGCAAAGAUUCUUCUUUUUCUUCCACCGAAUCCUUGCCGGACCUGCUUGGAGGUGUCGGUUCCGUCAAUCAGGGCGGGCUGGCGUGCAGCGGGGACUCGGCCAGGAGGUCCGAGAGCGAGAGUGGAAUUGUGAGCGAGGGCGACACAGAAACUACCGCCAAUUCAGAGGUUUGCCCCCCGAACCGGGUUGAUGAGCCCAGGGGUGAGCUGUCAUCAGAACCCCCUGUUGGCGUGGAUGAACCAGAGAGUUCAUUGACUUCCAAUGAAGUGAAGAUGCAGAGCGCCCUAAACAGGAGUGGUAGUGGCGGGAUUGUAGAACAUGUGGAUGUCUCUGUUUCCUGCACAAGCCGUGGCAUUUUACAAGCAAAUUACCAAAAAACGCCAGCGGAAAAGAAAAAGCGCGCUAGCAUUGACCAGCCAUCAGAGGGCCACCCUGUGGCAAUCAUUCUUAAUGGCCAGGAGCCUCUGGCAGAAGGAGACUCAGAAGGAUUUAAGCAGCCUCUGUUCACAAGGCAGGAUGAUGAGAGAGGAUGUGCUGAUCUGAAAAGUGGCAAACAGUCUGCCUUUUUAUCCCAUGGGUCUUCCCUUGAUUCCCUCUCUGUGGCUGGAGAUUUAUUUUUGUCCGGAAAAGACACGCUCCAUCGCAGCACUUCUCUGGAGAGUUGGUUAGCCCCCUGCAAAAGCACAGAGGAAAUCUCAAGUCAGCACAGUUUAGGAGACUUGGGCUUUGGUGGGGAUUCCACUGGGGAGCUCAGCAAGAGGACUCUGGAAUUGCUAAAGCGUUUGGAGAACAUUCCGAGCCCUUUCAACCACAAGAUAAAGCGCAGUAUCUCUGACAUAACACUCCAGAGCAGCUCCUUGAAGAUGCCGGCAAGUACUCAGCUCCCUCUGGAGGUCGCCUCCUCUGUAAAUGAAGACUCUGCGGCUUCCCUCACCGAGCUGAGCAGCAGUGAAGAUCUUUCCCUCUGCUCAGAGGAUAUUGCUGUCCAGAAAAACCGAAUUGUGGACUCCAAUGCCUCCUUCCGGAAGCAUGUGAACCACGUUGUGCCUGAUGAAGCAGACGUCAGCAUCAGCAUGAUUGUGAAUGUGUCCUGCACCUCAGCUUGCACGGAUGACGACGAGGAUGACAGCGACCUACUGUCCAGCUCCACCCUCACUCUCACCGAGGAAGAGCUGGGCAUCAAGGAUGAUGACGAUUCUAGCAUUGCUUCUGAUGAGGAAUAUAUCGAAAGUAGUUUUGCUUUAGGUCUGGACUACAUGAAAAAUGAAUUACAGAACUGGAUCAAACCCAGGAUCUCCCAGUCCAAGGAAAAGAAUGAGCUGGGUGACGAGCUACAGUGUGGGGCCCUUUCCCGUGAAAAUAUCACCUCCUCCUUCACAGCGAAUGAGCGGCGGUUUUUAAACAGAUCGGCCCUCAAACUGUUGGAAGCCAACGCCAAUGGUAAGAGUGACUCACUUCGCCCAAAGGCCUCAGACAUCAGCAAGGUGUCCCAAGAAAAGUCUAGAAGCUACAUGAACCAGUUUGUGGAUGAUAUGGAGAAUGGAAAUGUGGAGAAUUCUCAGCUAAAAGCAAAAGAUGCAGAUGAUGAGCUUCUGAGAGAAGAAGAAAGCCUUAUUACAAAGAGUGGCGAAUCCUUAAAAGACUGCUAUGCAUCUGAUUUAGGUACUGGUAGCUCCGUGGGCGUGGUCACGGGUGCUAAAUCCUUUCAAUGUGACCUGCUGUCCACACAGCCCAAAGAGUCUUCUCUGGAAUGUCAGCUAAGUGGAGAAAUUCCAUGUUGCAGCUCUGACAGAGAGCCUUCUUCAGUGUUACCUAUGAGUAACCGCCAAGGGUCUCACAAGGGUACUGUGGAGUUGACACACAAUGAUGGCAUUUCAGACUCCUUUGCUAUCUUCAGAAAAGACGCGGAAGAAAUUAGCGAUUCCAUUGCGGAAGUCCCAUCAUGUUGCAGCCACCAUUCUCCCGUUGAGGAGGGAAAAAACGAAGAUGACGGUUCCGUGCACAAUUUCGUAAUGGAGAUAAUUGACAUGGCGUCUGUGGCUUUGAAGAACAAGACACUUUCAGACCCGCAGGCUCCCAGCCCUACUCCAGUGGCUCAAAUCCGAGACAAAGUCCUGGAGCAUUCUCAUCGGCCAAUACAGCUGAGGAAGGGCGACUUCUACUCCUACCUCUCCCUGUCCUCUCACGACAGCGACUGUGGAGAAGUCAGCACGUGUGUGGAAGACAAGAGCAGCACACCCCUGCCCCCUGACCUCGGUGACACCUUAAACAUGCGAGAUGAAGAGCUACUGUUUAAGCCCUGCACUGAACAAGUGUAUAUUGGCCCACCACUUAGUUACAGCAUGUGCAUGAGCCAGAGGACCCCUAAGUCAACUGGUCAGGGACACUCUUGUCAUGCAAAACCCAGAGGGAGUGUCUCUUCCUCACAUCAAAAUGGAACAGACCGUGCACCUAAACCACACUGCACUGAAAACCAGAAAGCACCUGGUAUUUCUAAAGGAGGUACAGCUAGAAGCCAGUUAGAGUGCCAUAAUGAGGCUUCUUAUCUUAAUCCUUUACCAUGUGAAACCCUGAUAGACACUGUUGAAUGUUUUUCAGAUACUAAAAUGCUUGAAUCCAAUAUUUCUCCUGUAAUGACUAAGAUAAGAGUCUCUUGCUCCAGUACAAAUCCUUUAAAAGAGGAAGACAGCCUUUAUAUUAAUCCUAAAAUUAACUGUCCCCAGAUAAGAAAAUUUGAUAGGGAUGAGAAAGGCCCCGCUUCACAGAGGAUGAAACAGAAACACAUUAAGAAAGGAUGUAGUUCUCAACAGGAAACGAAGUCAGCUCAUAAACAGUUGUCAAGGCCAGAGGCGUACUCGAGAGACGAUGGCAAGAAAGCUAAAGGCAGCACCACCUGCCCUGACAGCUCCGGCACAUCCGCCUCUCAGCCCCCUAAGACGACCCCGGAGUGGAGAGCCGUGAGGCCCCUGACUAAGUGACCAUCUGGUGAAAUGGCUCCUUCAAACUGCAACCCCAAGCCCUGAGGGAAGCCGCAUCCUUUCUGAUCCCUGCUCAGCUCCGUCACGGAAUCCGGAGUCUCCGUCGUCUUUUCCAUGGAGAGUUCUUCAUGCUGGCGUUGCCAUGUGGCUGCUGCUGCUCCUGCUGUUAGUGGCUGUGACUCUGACUCCUGUGUUAGUGGCGCCCACAGACUGCAACAGGCCCACUCUUUCCUCCUCAUCAUGGACACCAGUACUGAGCUACCUCAAUGGUCUGCCGCCACUCUGAGUCCAUUGUCCCCUCUCGGUCUCCUGUGCAUGGUAGUUCUCCCUCCAUAUCUUACUUCUACAUACAGGAAGCCAACACAGCUCAGCGCCACUGGGUGGUCAGGUGUCAUAGUCUCUCAUUCCCUGAGUUCACUCUUCCCUUCUUAGAUGUCCCUUACCAGGUUUUCACAGUUGUUGACGCUUCACUUUGCUUGGUUUAAGGUGGAAAACUGCGCCAGUUGGACCAAAAUGUUUUUGCGCUUGGUUGCUGGCUGGUGUGAGGCUUGCAGAAUAAGGGCCGCGGUGUCCGUAUCCAAACGCUGAUUCCUGCAACAACAAGAGGAACUCAGAACAGGGCCGGAACUGACGGGUCGUCAAAAUAAUCAAGUAGUUGUCUAUCUAUGCAACACUGACUAAGUUGGAAACAGCUGUAUUGUGUUGUGUACUUCAAAAUCGUUGGCAGUCUGCGUAACUCGAUACACCAUUUCUUUUUUAUGUUUCUUAAGAUGGAAAUGAGGAAAUGUUUUGAAAUAAAAUAUGCGUGCCUUGCUGUUUUUCUUAUACCUUUUGUUAAAACACUGCUUUUCCCUGUUAAAUGUUCUAAAAAGACAAAUAGGAAGGUGGAAUAGCAAGGUUCAGAUGUGUGAAUAAUUUAUGUAUAUAUGUAUAAGUGCAGAUGUUGAUGUAUAAUGAUGGUAUAAAUGCUUCAUUUUAGUGUUAGACAGUAUGUGUCCAGUGAUGUGGAAAAUAAUAAGCCUUAAAAGUGCUAGAUUGCAUGGUUAAUAAUAUAAAACUGGUUGAAAAAAAUAAACUUAAUUUAUUGA